ACCGCUCCGCCGGCCGCCGCCAUUGUAGCGCACGGAGCCCUCAGCGCGGCCGAGGCGGAGCCCGCGGCGGGAUGGCCGAUGCCGACAAGCCCGAGGCGGCCGCGGGUGACGACGGUCCGCAGCAGCAGCCGGCCGAGCCGCGGCGAGACCCGCACCCCGCCGAGCCCGAGAAGCCGCCGCGCAGCAGCGCCAACGGCGUUAAAAUGGAGAAUGAUGAAUCAGUGAAAGAAGAAAAAUCUGAUUUAAAAGAAAAGUCGAUGGGAAAUAAGAAGGCCAAUCGAUUUCAUCCCUAUUCAAAAGAUAAGAAUUCGGGUACUGGAGAAAAGAAAGGUCCAAAUCGGAACCGAGUGUUUAUUAGCAACAUCCCCUAUGACAUGAAAUGGCAGGCUAUUAAAGACCUGAUGAGAGAAAAAGUUGGUGAGGUUACAUACGUGGAGCUCUUUAAGGAUGCGGAAGGAAAAUCAAGGGGUUGUGGUGUGGUUGAAUUCAAAGAUGAAGAAUUUGUAAAGAAAGCACUAGAAACUAUGAACAAAUAUGACCUUAGUGGAAGACCUCUGAAUAUUAAAGAGGAUCCCGAUGGAGAAAAUGCUCGCCGGGCACUGCAGCGAACGGGAACAUCAUUUCAAGGAUCACAUACCUCUGAUGUGGGAUCUGGGUUGGUGAAUUUGCCACCUUCCAUUCUCAAUAAUCCAAACAUUCCUCCUGAGGUUAUCAGCAAUUUGCAGGCUGGUAGACUUGGUUCCACAAUUUUUGUUGCUAAUCUUGACUUCAAAGUUGGUUGGAAGAAGCUAAAAGAAGUGUUCAGCAUAGCUGGAACUGUAAAGCGGGCAGAUAUUAAAGAAGACAAGGAUGGCAAGAGCAGAGGCAUGGGCACUGUCACUUUUGAGCAAGCAAUUGAAGCAGUUCAAGCAAUUUCCAUGUUCAAUGGGCAGUUUUUAUUUGAUAGACCUAUGCAUGUGAAAAUGGAUGACAAAUCUGUCCCUCAUGAAGACUACCGUUCACAUGAUAGUAAGACAUCACAGUUACCACGCGGUCUUGGAGGCAUUGGAAUGGGACUUGGUCCAGGUGGACAACCUAUUAGUGCCAGCCAGUUGAACAUAAGUGGUGUAAUGGGAAAUUUGGGUCCAAGUGGUAUGGGAAUGGAUGGUCCGGGUUUUGGAGGAAUGAAUAGAAUUGGAGGAGGAGUUGGGUUUGGUGGUCUGGAAGCAAUGAAUAGCAUGGCUGGAUUUGGUGGAGUUGGCCGAAUGGGAGAGCUAUACCGUGGUGCAAUGACUAGUAGCAUGGAGCGAGAUUUCGGACGUGGUGAUAUUGGAAUAAAUCGAGGCUUUGGAGAUUCCUUUGGUAGACUUGGCAGUGCAAUGAUUGGAGGGUUUGCAGGAAGAAUAGGAGCUUCUAACAUGGGUCCAGUAGGAACUGGAAUAAGUGGCAGUAUGGGUGGCAUGAGCAGUGUGACUGGAGGCAUGGGGAUGGGACUGGACCGCAUGAGCUCCAGCUUUGACAGGAUGGGGCCGGGAAUUGGAGCAAUACUGGAAAGGAGCAUCGACGUAGAUCGAGGUUUUUUAUCGGGUCCCAUGGGAAGCGGAAUGAGAGACAGAUUAGGCUCCAAAGGCAACCAGAUAUUUGUUAGAAAUCUGCCUUUUGACUUGACUUGGCAGAAACUAAAAGAGAAAUUCAGCCAAUGUGGUCAUGUAAUGUUUGCAGAAAUAAAGAUGGAGAAUGGCAAGUCAAAAGGCUGUGGGACAGUUAGGUUUGAAUCCCCAGAGUCAGCUGAAAAGGCCUGCAGAAUAAUGAACGGCAUCAAAAUCAGUGGCAGGGAAAUCGAUGUUCGCUUGGAUCGUAAUGCGUAAUUUCAAGCAUGGGUGGAACAUUCCUUCAUCUGUUUAUUGAAUCUCCUAGUAAAAGUCAUUUUUUAGUAAUGUUGUAUGCUUACAAAUGCUGUAAAAAUGAACUUUUAAAACUCCCACCAGCUUUUAACAGUAUAAUGUUGAAAAAUAUACUGUGAUUUUCGUUA